UCAUCUAAAAGUUUUCAACUUUUAUGGUGCAGGAGAGGUGAAAAAAUGGAAAAUGAUGAGACUGGAUGCCAAGCUCCUCCUGAACGCCCUAUUUUGUGCAUCAACAACUGUGGCUUCUUUGGAAGUGUGGCAACGAUGAAUAUGUGUUCCAAAUGCUACAAGGAUACGAUGAUGAAACAAGAACAAGCUAAGCUCGCUGCAUCAUCUAUUGGAAGCCUUGUGAAUGAAUCAUCAAGCAGCAAUGCAAGUGAACCUGUUGCUGUUGCUGUUGCUGCUGCUGCCACUGUGGAUGUGCAAGUUAGUUCAGUGGAGUCAAAAGUCAUCUCUGUGCAGCAGCCCUCAUGUGGUUCAAGCUCAGGGGAGAGUGUUGAGGCAAAGCCGAAGGAGGGUCCUAACCGGUGCAACAGUUGCAAGAAGCGGGUUGGCCUGACAGGAUUCAAAUGUCGCUGUGGUAACAUGUUCUGUGCAUCACAUCGCUACUCAGACAAACACAACUGCCCCUUCGAUUACCGCACUGCAGCACGGGAUGCAAUAGCGAAAGCAAACCCUGUUAUCAAGGCAGAGAAGCUUGAUAAAAUCUAAAUCGAACGAACGUUUCAAUUUUACCAAAAAAAAUAGUGAUGGUCAUUUUCAUCUGUGGGGCUUCUUCGGAGUUGGCCGCGUAUGUUAUCAGGUGUCCUUAUUUAUUGUUAUAUAUGAUGCUGGAGAGGGGAAUGAAUGAGAGUUAGGACAUCUCUGCAAAGUAUGAAGAACUCUAUAUCUUAUGAUUGGCGAGAACUUGUAUGUUGGCUUCAGUGUUUAGGGUCUGAAUCUCUGUGGUCUCUGGUUUGAUGGACUUUUUGUCUUGGCUAGCUGUGAAAUGUAUGUCAUGUCAUAUGGCAUAUAUUCUCUCUUCUAGCAGUUUCUGUUAAAUUGGUUGUGCAAUUUCCAGAUGAUAUGGAAAGUAAACAUCCAUGGAAUUUCUUGUGCCUAGCUUUGUAAAUUUUUAAUUCUGCUUUUGUUUUUUUAUUUUUAUU